GUGCGACUCAAAAGUUGAACGCAGGUUUGCGCAAACAAAAACUAGCGACUCCAAGUGUUAGUAACUGCCCUGCAUGAACGAGGCCAAACCUUUUGGAAAAAGUAACUUUUUCAGAAUCUUUCGGCCAGGCACGGUGCCGGUGAUCGUGGCCGAAAAGUCAAUCGUGAUGCUCAACUAUGGCAAGGGUCUCUCGUUGGGUUGUUCUGGCUAGCUUCACUUCGUCAUAAUAAACCACGGCGAACUCCUCUGCGAUUUGAGCCUGAAUUCGAACAAAGUCGCGACUAUGGGGUGCAUACCAUGUACAAAUUUGUCGCACGGGGCACAUCGGGCAGUUAACGAUUGCGAAGUGAUGGGAUAUGUCGUGUCCCAAAUUUGCCGGCCUAGCGACAUGAAUGGAUUGAGACGUGUUGCUGACAUCGUGCAACCUGAAUACACUCGUAGAACGGCGAUGACGCACAUAGAAUCUUGGGAUCAGCCGAGUGAUAAGAAUUCCAGUCUGCGGACCUACGUCUCGCUGUCCCACUAUCACGGCCAUGCGUGCAGCGUUCACGGGCAUACGAGACAUGCAUCGGGCGUUCGACGAGAUGCAGUAUGGAUACGGGAUUACAGGUUGAGUAGGUGUUUUGAGAGUGAUCACUCGUCUCAACUCAACUUUGUCGCGUCUGAUCUGAUCUCCGGGACUGGAUUUGGAGAGAUGAGAGCCAAUAGAGCCUUUCCUCUCGGUCUGGUCUGCUGUAACCCCUCCACAGCUGACGAAUUAGCAGCGCUUCACGAGCAUCGACGCUGAUGCGAAAUGUUGACACCAAGAUGUUUGACGCGGAGCCGAGCAAAGCUUAAACGUCGGCACCGUUGGCUGCAUGGAGUACUUCAACGAGGACAAG